AUGGGUAGUAUAUCCCAUACCCCGACCUCGAUUCCACCUUCGUCUCCUCCGUUGUCGCCGCAUCAACAAUUCAACGAUCCCUGCCCUGGCGACCAUAACAAGCGCAGUCCGACGCCCGAGGAUGAUCAGGACACAAGCGGCAUAUUACCUCUGCCGCCCCCGACAAUCCGGAUAUCAAACGACGACAGCAUAACACACAAUGUCGCCGACGAUGAUGACGCUGGCGGCCGCGGCGAUGACGAGCUCAGUAUACCAAACCAAACAAUGGUGGAAGAACGGGAGAUGCACCGCCGAUUGAUGGACGUGGAGUCUAGCUUCCUUCCGGAGCCGUCAGCCAUUCGAGUGGGCGAGGGUGCCGUGGGACUCGAUGAUACGUACCUCGUUGGCGUCGAUUUGCCCGACUCGUCGCAGGUUGAAGAACAGAGCAGCCCGUCUCCAUCUCCGUCUCGGCCAGCGCCUGCAAACCUGGAUAAGCACAUUGUUCCGGCCCCGACUACCGGGCUGGGUCCAUCUGUCUUUGAAGAUAAAGAAUGCGCAGGGAGCUUGGAGCACGUUCCGUCACUAAACUCCGAAACGUCGACUCAUGCCGACGCUGCGGACCACCCCCCAUGGCCAGCGACUGCCACGGAAGUCGCUGAAUCGGCCUCGCACUCUUUCUCCGCGGAAACGGACGCAAAUAGCGAAAACGGGUAUGAUCAUGGUGAAGAACACAGCGUGGCCGGUAACAUCAUCUCAUCGCUACUCGACUUCAUCUUGAUGCCAAUGUUGGCGUUGACUACGCCCUACAGUCGGGGGGGUGCAGUGCCGGCGAACAAUGACCUUAGACCGCAGAGCGAAAGAAGGCAGAAACGAGAACUAUCCAGGUCAACGAGUUUAGGUAGCAUGGCUUCUGGAAUUUCCGGCUAUAGUGAUGAAAACCCUCUUGAACGAAGAGCGUUUAGCGGAAUAUCGGAGCCGAACCUGCACACCCUGGAUGAAGAAGACGUCGCAUCGCAGUCUCGGCCAACUUCGUCAGGGAAGACUGCGGAGGGAAAUGCCGAAGACGACGCCGCUCCUAUGACCCCCAAAGCUAGAGCCAUUGAGCUGCCACUUCCAACCGACACAGUUAUCGCGCAACACGUCCAAGACAUCCAGGUUCCUGGGACAUUUGCCCGCCAGUUCCGUGACAGCCACCUCAGCCUUAAUUUAUCACCCGAUAAACGCGGUGCCCCAACGCCUGGCUUUAGUCGCGGAAAGAAUAUGACCCUUAAGGAGCAGAGCAGCACUAUCGACAGGCUUUCGAAAGAGAAUUUUGAUUUGAAAAUGCGCAUUCACUUUUUGAAUGAAGCUCUGAAUAAACGCUCUGAAGAAGGCAUCAAGGAAAUGAUUUCUGAAAAUGUGGAGUUGAAAUCCGGUAAGCUUAAACUGCAAAAGGACAAUCAAGCCUUGAGGAAGAAAAUUCGUGAAUUAGAGAAGCAGUUUCGAGAUCAUGGCAACAGCGAGAAGGGCGACAUCAAAGAUGACGCUGCAUCGGGAUCUGAGGAAGAGCGCGCGAUCAUGGAGGAGGAGGAAGUGAUAUACUUACGCGAGAGAGUUGAGACUUAUGAGGAAGAGAUAGAGAGGCUAAGAUCUGAGAGUAUUGCAAGAGAAAGUGAAAAACGAAGGUUAGCGGAAAUGGUAAAGUCUCUGAGUGAUGGGAGAAUUGUCGAGUCUGAUGCAGGCGCAAGAGAGGAAAGGGACAUGUGGAAAGCCAUGCUGGACGCAGAAACCGCCGCUCGAGAGCAAGCUGAAGAGGAAAAUCGACGCCUUCGAGACGAAAUACUGCGCAUAAAAGGCAGUGAUGCGGUCUCAACAGCUCAUUCAAGGAGUACUCGACGGCGAGGAAUGUCCUCCGUCCUUUCGCAAUCCGAUUCCGAUCGUGAUGCCAUCCGAAGUGCUGCCAGGCGGACAGCAACAAGUAGUACGCAUCGUGAAAUUGAACUUCUACAGCAAGAGAAUGCGGAGCUUCGUAGAGAAGUCAGUGCCCAAACGUCUAUGCUUACUUCGCGCAAUCGCGAAAAGGAACGCUUGUAUCAGGAAAUUGAAGAGUUGAAGCUCCAACGACGUUUUGAUGGGCGUUCUAUCGCCGGUGAUAGUAUCUUUGAACGCUCGGCAUCCAGAGCUCAAGACAGAUCCGCCUCGCGGGCGAGUGACGGAACCAGGGCGUCCAGGAUGAGUGAUACCGAGCGUGAGUCCUUGGAAUCCAAAAACGGGGAGCUUCGCGACCAGGUGUCGACACUUAAACUCGAGAACCAAGGCCUUCGAGCUCAACUCGAUGAAUACAUGAGCGAAAUCGAGAGCAUGGAUCGUGCCUAUCAGGAAGACAUGGACCGAGCCGAAGAACAGAUUCAGAGUGCCGAGCUUGCGCGCGAUCAAGCGAUGCAGCUUGCCGAGGAACGCGAAGCUGAAUUGCAAGACCUGAAAGCGGAAGCUCAAGACGAAAUCAAUGCCCUAGAAGACGAACUGGAUAUGAAGACGGAUGAUACUCAACGGUUGGACGCCGAGUUAAGAAAUCAAGAAGAGAACCUAAGGGCAUUGCAAGCCGAAAUGCGAUCAGCCAACGAAGGCAUCCUCCGACUUGAAGAAGAUGCACAGAACAAUCUGCAAAAAUACAAAACUGUCCAACUGGAACUGGAGGACGCGAACCGUGAACUUGAGACGUUGGAGAAGAACUUGUUCGAGUCAAAUGGCAAAGUCCAACGGCUUACCGUGCAGUUGGAAUCAAGUCAAAACGAAAUUGCUUUCCUCCGCGAAGAGCAAGAUGGAGAUAAGAUCAAGAUCGGCGACCUGGAAUCUGAGUUGACGACGACUCAAAUGAGCCUGCAGAGCGAAAAGGAACGAGCCAGGGAGCUUGACAGCCGCCUUGCGGAAGAGAGGCAUCAACGGGAAGUCGUUGGCAGUAAGGAGAAGCAAGAGGUUCAACGGCUCAUGAACGAACUGAAUCGUGAGAACACUGGCGCUAGGGAGGACAUCCGCAAGCUGAAGAAGGCUCUCUCCGCAAGGGAGAUUGAAGCGAAUACGUGGAAAGAGAGGCUGUUUGAGCUUGAAAGCAGCCUUCGGGAAGCCUUGGGCGACUUGAACGGAACGCGAUCGAGCCUAUUGAUGUCGAUCACGAAGCUACAGAAAGAGCUAGAGUCGACCACCCUUGAGCUACAAAGAUCGCAAGCGCUUCAGCACCCUUGA